AUGGAAAACCUACUGCAGGGGAUUCCUUUCGUGGUUGUGCGAGUGGAUGAUAUUUUGGUCUCUGGUUCGAAUGAUGAGGAACAUUUAGCAAAUUUAGAAGAAGUUCUAAAACGGUUGUCAGAGCAUGGGUUACGCCUAAAGAAGAAGAAGUGUGCCUUCAUGGUGAACGAGGUGGUGUAUUUAGGCCAGAAGAUAAAUAGCCAAGGAAUACAACCAAUCCAAGAGAAAGUCAGAGCCAUCACCAAUGCACCGGCACCGACGAAUGUGUCUGAAGUUCGAUCAUACUUGGGAAUGAUCAACUAUUACCAAAAGUAUUUACCAAAUUUAUCAACGAUUCUGGCACCACUGCACAGCCUGUUGGAAAAAGGGAAAAGUUGGAAAUGGAGUGAAGAGCACCAAGAGGCAUUUAGAAAAUCCAAAGAGUUAUUGAAGUCCUCACAUCUAUUGGUGCAUUAUGACCCGGAGAAGGAGUUAAUACUGGCUUGCGAUGCCUCACCAUAUGGCUUGGGGGCUGUUUUGUCACACCGGAUGGAAGACAACACAGAACAACCAAUUGCAUUUGCCUCGAGAUCACUGUCCGCAGCUGAAAAAAACUAUUCUCAACUAGACAAAGAGGCGCUAGCCAUCGUAUUUGGUGUCAAGAAAUUUCACCAGUACGUGUAUGGUCGACAUUUCACCAUACUGACAGAUCACAAGCCGCUUGAGCGGGUACUUCAUCCGGAUAAAAUGACACCACCAAUGGCUGCAGCUCGAAUUCAGCGGUGGGCCUUAAUUUUGUCUGCGUAUGACUACGCCAUUCAGUACAAAGAAGGAAUUCAGAAUGCAAAUGCUGAUGCCCUCAGUAGAUUACCAUUGCCAGACACCCCAGGUUCAACACCAGUUCCUGAAGAAACAAUCUUACUCAUGGAACUAUUGGAGACUACUCCAAUAAGAGCAGAGCAAGUGAAGAACUGGACAAAGAGAACUCCUAUACUUGCUAGAGUUUUGAAAUUUAUCAAACAAGGUUGGCCUAGCAAGUGUCCAGAUGGGGAGUUUCAACCAUAUUUUCAACGACGAGACGAGCUGAGUGUUCAAGACGACUGUAUACUUUGGGGAAACAGAGUGGUUGUUCCACCCCAAGGAAGAAGGCAAGUGGUUGACGAAUUACAUGAAACCCACCCAGGAAUAUGUAAGAUGAAAAGUCUAGCAAGAAGCUACGUGUGGUGGCCAAACAUGGAUAACGAUUUGAAAAACAAAGUACGAACGUGCAACAACUGCCAGAUAAAUAGAAAGAAUGAAUCCUGAAGGGCCACUGCACCCGUGGGAAUGGCCAAGCCGACCAUGGGAAAGAAUUCAUAUUGACUAUGCUGGUCCAUUCUUGGGGAAAAUGUUCCUCAUCAUGGUCGAUGCGUACUCAAAAUGGCUCGAAGUGCAUCCAACGAAUGUGGCAACAUCGAGAGCAACAAUUGAAAAACUUCGAUCAACAUUUGCAAUCCACGGUCUUCCUAAAACAAUUGUUAGUGAUAACGGGAGUAAUUUUUGCAGUGAAGAAUUCGAAGAAUUUCUGGCGAAAAACGGCAUUCAUCACUGAAGGACUGCUCCUUAUUAUCCAGCCUCCAAUGGACUUGCAGAAAGGGCGGUCCAGACGUUUAAGGAAGGGAUGAAGAAGAUGUCAAAUAAGGAAAGUUUGGAAACCAGAGUGUCUCGGUUUCUCUUCAAAUACCGUAUCACCCCACACUCAACCACAGGGAUAACGCCAGCGGAAAUGCUUAUGAGCAGAAAACCAAGAUCUCGCUUGGACGUACUACAUCCAGAUGUAAGACAAAGAGUACAGAACCAAAAGAAGAAGCAGAAAGAGUUACUCGAUCAACAUGCAGUGGAUCGACAAUUACGACCAGGUGAUUUAGUAUAUUCUAGAGAAUAUGGAAAACAACAAAACUGGUGUCCAGGAGUGAUCAAUACACAAACCGGGCCAGUUUCCUAUAGCAUAUAGUUGGAAGACGACCGCGAGGUUCAUCGCCAUCAAGAUCAGGUGAUCCAUAGAGAAACACCCGAAGAAAACGAAAAUGACGUCAUGGAUCCAGAUAUCAACCAGCAACACGUUUCAGACCAACAAGUGGUUAGCGAAGAAAAUGCAGUUCCAGCAGCCCGAUAUUCGCAAAGAGAUAGACAGACACCGGACUAUUAUUCGUGAGUAAUUACAUUAAUUUUAGAGUAUAAAACGCUAAGGGACUAUAAACUGUUAGGUUAUAGUGUUGACAUUAUUAGUUUAGAUGUUAUGUUGCAGGGACUCUGGGUUUAAUCCAGAGAAAAAGGAGUGUAACAUCCGGGAGUUAGCACUUCCGGCGGGAAAAACGUGACCUCGAAGAGAACUAGACAGCUGUAUUAACUAGGGAGUUUUACUUAGCAUAGUUGGGUUUUAAGGUUAAAAUACUACAUGGUUUAGGCUGCGUGUGAGACAUUCUGUAUUGAAGAUACCAACAUGUCUGGUUCGGCCACAUCUCUUGAUACCAUCUCAGCUGAAUGGUCGCCAGAUAAGUUUAGAUUUGUCGAAUCAAAGGACAAACAAGCCCCGUUAUGUAAAAGUAAGUGCACCCCCUCCUCGCUGAUAAAAAUAAAUGUAUUGUUGUUGUUUCAAACGUUUUUCACAUUUGGAGACUACAUUAUUAAAAAAAUUUGCUAUCACCCAGUUUACGUGAGAAAAGUUAAACCAGAAACUUUCUAAAUCAAAACAUACAUACAUACAUACAUACUUUAUUGUGUUCCCUAAAUAGGGAUUUUCAACACUGAUUUACAAAAAAUAAAUGUUGUUCUAUUUACAAGUUUUAGAAUCUAGAAUUUAAAUUAAGGUAAAAAGGUAAGACAUUUGUAUAAAGUUUAACAAGGUAAAAUUAUCUACUUAUAUAUUUGUUCUAGCAUGCUUCGCUUCAGUUCGUUUUUGAAAGUUUUUAGGGAGUCUAACUUUUUGAACUUAAUGUCCAAAUCAUUCCAGAGUGUAACGCCUCUAUAAUGAAAGGACCUUUGACCUGCAGAAGUUUUGUACAAUGGUAUUUGCAGUGAGUUAUGGCUACGUGUAUCUCGUUGAUGAAUGUCAGAACGUUUUGUGAAUAAAUCGCUCAAAUAAUGUGGAGCAAGUUCAUUGACACAUUUGUACAUCAUAAUAGCCUCUCUUAGUAGUAAUUGUUCCUUUACUGGGAGCCAGUUAAGUUCGCGUAAGCCCGGCGAAAUAUGGUCGAACUUUCCAAUAUUUGUUAUUAUCCUGCAUGCAAAAUUUUGUACCAACUGUAGUUUCUUAAUGUUGGUAGACGAAGUGUUUGACCAAACCGUUGAACAAUAGAACAUUUUGUUCAUUACAAGUGCCGAGACGAUGAGAGUUAAAGCUUCUUUAUCGAAACAUUUUUUGACUCGGUUUAUUUGGCACAGGGAAUUCAUACAUGAGGAAACCAGGUUGGUGAUGUGCUGGUCAUAUGUCAAAUAAGAGUCGAUUGUCAUUCCUAGAUCUUUGGCAAAGGAGACGGGGGUAAUAGUCUCGUUGAGGAAGUUUAUGGUCAUAUCUACGGGAAGUUGUUGUAGGUUUUGCCGUGUGCCAAUCAGCAUGUAUUUGGUCUUUCCCGGGUUAAUAAGCAAUUCAUUUUCGGAACAACUGUUUGCAAUCAAAUACAAGUCUUCCUCAAGUUGUUGCUUUAAACAGUCCACGUUAGCCACAGUGAAAGAUAGUAAUAUCUUGGAGUCGUCCACGUACGAUUCAAGUUUACUAUGGUGGACUGAUGAGGGCAAAUCGUUAGUAUAAAUACUAAAAAGUAAAGGUGAUAAAAUUGCACCCUGUGGUACACCAUAAGUAACAGGGAGAGGAGUAGACACAGUUGAUCCAAUUCUGACUGAUUGAGUUCUUCCGGUCAAGUAACUCUCAAACCAUUUUACAACGCUUGGAGAAGCCCCGACGUUGCUAAGUUUUGUAAGGAGAAAAGUAUGAUUUACACUGUCGAAAGCUUUAGAUAGAUCUAUUAGAAUCAGUGCAGUAACCAAUUUCCCAUCCAUGGCCUUUAGGAUAGUAUCUCCGGUCAAAAGAUUCAAUGUUUCGCAUGAGUGAUGUUUCUUGUUCCCGCUCUGGUGGGUUGACAAUUUUUUGUUCUUCAUUAGAUACGAACCAAAUUGAUUCAAGGCGACUUUCUCACAAAUUUUCGAAAGAAAGGUAAGGAGAGAAAGUGGGCGGUUAUUUGAUGCUUCCUCGUGGUUUCCAUCCUUUAACAAAGGGAUAACUUCUGCCUCUUUCCAUGCUAUAGGGAACGAAGAUGACGACAGUGAACAGUUAAUGAUAUCGGUGAGGGGCCCAAGAAUUACCGGUAGGCUGUGUUUGAUGACACGCAUACUCACUUUGUCUUUGCCGGGUGAUUUGUUUGACGGCAUAGCUAAUAUGAUGUUCCUUAUUUCUGAACAAGAGACUGGGGUGAAACUAAAUCUAUCAUUUUCUUCAGGGUAGCUGUUAUCUGUGCGAUUUACGUCAGAAAGAUUCCGAGCUGGAUAAACACUAGGAUCUUGUAUUAGUGUUGAGGCUUUCUUUGCUGCAUUCACACCGAUGGUGGAAAAGAAAUGAUUAAACUCUUCGGCCACUAAUUUCGGUUCCUUACUGUAGACCACUGACUCUCUUUCCCUAUACGCUAUAUUUUCUUUAAUUACCUUCCAAAGUGACCCAGUAUUGUUUCUGUGUUGCUGAACUUCCUUCAGUACAUGUUCUUUCUGUGCAUUAACAAGUGCGGUUUUUGUAAAAUUACGGGCCUCUCUGAAAUUAAGCCAAUCAUAAUGAUCACGUGUUUUCCUGAAAAGACUGUGGAGCUGGUCUCUUUUGAUCAUGGAUGCUUUUAUUUCCGAGGUGAUAAAUUUGCAAGAUUUUCCGCGUACUUUUAUGGUCUUUACUGGGGCGUGUUUAUCCAAUGUAUUUAAAAAUAUUUCAUUAAAAAUGGUUAGUUUUUCAUCAACAUUGUCCAUUCUGAAAAUGGAAACAAGACGAUCACGAUUGGAUGCCAGAUCGAUCGCGAACAAAUCAGGGUCGUAUUUAUUGUAGCUACGGGUAGUGAUAUAGUUUGGUGGAGAUUUGUCGGUUUUAAGUUUUAGUGAUACAUACACAGGGAAAUGAUCGCUGAUACAGGUUUCUAUGACGCCGCUGUUGACUACUAGUCUUGGCGAGGAUACGAAAAUAACGUCGACGAGGGUCUGACUGGAUUCAGUAAUUCUUGUUGGUGAUUUUAUUAACUGGUUAAGGUUGAGUUCUUUUGUCGUCUUGAUCAAAGACGCUGAUCCAGGUGUGGGCUUAAGCAUAUCGCAGUUUAGGUCUCCAAGAAGAAUGAUCAACUUUCCCAUCGUCAGAGCAUGAACAUAAUUAGGUUUAAAAUAUUUUUCGAAGCAGUCAAGCGGGCUGUCUGGGGGUCGAUAAGAGACACAGACCAACAGUGAUUUAGAUUUUUUGUGCUGUAAUUUGAUCCAUAAUUGAUGGAAAUUCGUCUCGGAGAUAUAACUGAGGUCUUUAAGUACAAGAGAUUUAAUAUCUUUUCGUAUGUAAGCACAUACCCCGCCCCCUUUCUUGUGUAGUCGGUCUAAACGAUGUAGCUUAUAACCUUCGAUUUCUAUUUCCUUGUUUGUGACGGAGGUAUUAAACCAUGUCUCUGAUACUGUAAGGACGUCAAUUUUGUUAAAUAUGGUAAACUUACGUAAUUCUAAAAAAUGGGCGUUAUUUUUCAGAGAGCGGAUGUUUAGGUGGACCAGUUUGAGACCUGGAAGGGUACUGAGGCUGUUAUCUGACUUUUUUGUUAAAUGGGCUGAGGCCGUAUCAUUAGUGGUUUUCGACGUGAGUGACCACGAGAGUGCGGAAGCGUUUGGAGAGGCAGGGUUGGACAAAGGAACACGAACAAGAUUUCUAUUUUGCAAGUUAUUGUUAACACUAGAAGAAUUAUUAAUGGUUAGUUGAUAUGAUAGUCUCUGACGUGAACCACUCUGACGUGAAGUGAUUCUAACAGGUAUUUUCAUCAUAUUGUUUGCUGCUGACUCGUCAAACAGGCCACUGUGUGGAGAUGGGCCAACCACUCUAGAGAGUGGUGGCGAUGGGCUGUCCGAUACGAAGGAAUGACACGACAACGUUUUAAAAAAGGAUACCGGCUACAAUGGUGCCUUCGAAACCCUAAGGGGUUUGUAACUUGACCGUGUCUAAGACUUAAGGGUCUCGGGGCUGGAAGAUGAGGGAACGAAUAAUGCUUUAGAUUUGACUCGCUGAUUGACCUAUCCGAUCGGGGAUUCACCUGGUCAGGGUUAAGGGCAUCAAGGCUUAACACGGUUUUUGCAUAGGAUCGGUCGCAAUUCCUACAUAUGCCUUGCUUCCCACGUUGCUUGAAAUGUUGCUUUAAAUAAGAAUGACGUCACCAUUUAUAGCAAUAUAUUUAGGGCGAUGUCGUUAUCUUCCAGUAUAUAAGUAGCUGUGUAUGAUCACCUUUGACAAAAACGCUCAUUCUUAAUGAAGCUUAAUGAGGUUUAUCAUCUCAUUAUCUAUUGUCUUAAUUGCAUUCGACGCGACCAAAAUUCGACGUAUAAAACGGCCCUUAGACCUGUGCACAAAUUAUUUUUUAAACCUGACUACUGUAGUUGUGAAACAUGUCUAAAGUUCAACUAAAUAUUUUUAGCACUAAGUGAUCUUUAUCGUGGACCAAUUUAUCCUUGCAAGCUUAUUGAACAGAAGAAUUUGCAGUCAGAAGAUGCGAGGUAUUACGAAAUCUAUCUGAAUGAUACACAAAGCUAACAUAAGAAAUUAUUUUUGUAAUAUGGUUGAGAUACUGCCCGUAUUUUGUAAAAACUUAUCGCUAAAUCAUCCAACCCUCCCCCGUUCAAUUUUGUUUAAACUUAAUUAGUGGUUUCAUUUUAUUACAUUACCAACAUUGGUUGGGGACGGUCUGAACAUAGCCUGAAUAUGGAACUAGAAAUGAAACAAACCAGUUGCAAAUUAAUUUUGAAAGUUUUACUCUAUUAACUAAUAAUUUAUCACAACAAAUGUUAUUUUUACUGUUUAUCUCUGCACAGUUUCACUUUCAAAUUAGGCAUAUGUGAACCUUUUGGACUUGAUACCGUUGUUUCUAGUACAAAUAGGCAUAUGUUUACACCACGAAUACAAUGUAAAAUUCUCGCAUGUAUUCUUAUUCACAAAUAAUUCCUUCCUUCAGCCGUAUCACAUUGUUGGUGAAGAUUGAUACCCAGGCAGAGAAGAAGUUGGCAUAUGAAGCUGGCGAUCACGUGUCCAUAUUUCCCGCCAAUGACGUCAAACUAGUGGAAACACUUCUCAGCAAGCUUCAUAAAGCUCCACAGGCAGAUAAACCAAUCAACAUUCAGACAUGUACAGUUGAAUCAGGUAAUUGAAACAUUUAUCGUUAAGGUGUCUCCAGUCAACGUUUCACUUGUUUUUGUAAUAGUGUGCGCACGUGUGUUUAUCAAGAUUGUUUGUGGCAUCUCACUCGAAUGAAUAACAUUUGAUUGGUAUAUUGUAGAUGGAAAUUAUUGAGUGGAAAUUUAUAUACAUUUAUUAGACUUAACCAGGAACAGAAGCGAAAAAUGCAACUUUAGGUCCACUAUGGCAGGAAUUGAACCUGCGGCCCUGCGAUUCCGGUGCAGCGCUCUAACCAAGUGAGCUAUACCAGGGCGCUAUAAAACACGGGCGGGAAAACGCGCUAAUAAAUGACCGUGCUACGUGUGAUGCACAUUAGGAUUGGCGCGAGCGCGCUUUCUCUAAAAAAAUCAGAAAAUCGCGUACAAGAUGGCAACAAAAAUAUGUAAACAAACAAACGAGAAAACAAAGGAUUUAAAUGCUAAGUAAUUAUGUUUCAUUAAUUAAAAUUUGAAAUAUCAUUUAAUAAGUUAUAUCAAAUGUAAUAGCUUGUGUUGUUUGUUACUGAACACAUGUUGAAAGAAAAUAUCAGGGCAAAAAUUUUACUCGAGCGAUGAAAAUAUUUGCAAAAUUUAAAGCGCGGACGUAUUUAAAAUAGUGUUUUCUCCUCGUUGAGAUAGGUUGAGAUAAAUUUGAACACACCAAACUAUAGACAUUUAACUUGGCUUUAUGUCUCAAGUAAAACUGAACGGGGCUUUUUUGGGCUUUUUUCAUAAAACGGAGAUAUCUUGCAGCCUUUACAGUUUUCCGUAUACUCCACACGACAAUAGAUUCGCGACUACUAUACUUAUUUAUGCAGAUAAUACGAUAUUUAAACAACACAAAUUUUCAAUUAUCAAUUAAACGAAAUCACUUCCUGCCUCAAAUACAUACUAUAAAUGUUUAUUGAAGUAUCUAGUAUCAGCUUAUAUUGCUAGAAUUGGUAUCUAUUUCACUUGCAAAAUGAACGAAGCGAUUGUUAAGAAAAGACAUGCAUUUUGAACUCGAUUUUGACGACAUUUUUUCUUUUUUGACAAAGCGCGGACGUAUUUAAAAUAGUGUUUUCUCCUCGUUGAGAUAGGUUGAGAUAAAUUUGAACACACCAAACUAUAGACAUUUAACUUGGCUUUAUGUCUCAACUAAAAUUGAACGGGGCUUUUUUGGGCUUUUUUCAUAAAACGGAGAUAUCUUGCAGCCUUUAUAGUUUUCCGUAUACUCCACACGACAAUGUAUUCGCGACUACUAUACUUAUUUAUGCAGAUAAUACGAUAUUUAAACAACACAAAUUUUCAAUUAUCAAUUAAACGAAAUCACUUCCUGCCUCAAAUAUAUACUAUAAAUGUUUAUUGAAGUGUCUAGUAUCAGCUUAUAUUGCUAGAAUUGGUAUCUAUUUCACUUGCAAAAUGAACAAAGCGAUUGUUGAGGAAAAGACAUGCAUUUUGAACUCGAUUUUGACGACAUAUUUUCUUUUUUGUCAAAGCGCUGACGUAUUUAAAAUGGUGUUUUCUCCUCGUUGAGAUAGGUUGAAAUAAAUUUGAACACACCAAACUAUAGACAUUUAACUUGGCUUUAUGUCUCACGUAAAAUUGAACGGGGCUUUUUUGUGCUUCUUUCAUAAAAUGGAGGUAUUUUGCAGCCUUUAUAGUUUUCCGUAACACUGUCACUGUAAUGUCAACGACUGCAGUCGCACGAAAAAUGAUUCACACUGAAUAUUUUUGGAGUGUCGGCGGCAGUUAGUUAUACCAAUAAUAGAAAUCAAAUCAAUUAGUAAAAAACACUUUACAAUGAACUUUCAAUGGAUUCCGAGCAGGCCGGCUCAUGGUUAACACAAAAACGGUUAUAUAUUUAAGUUUUCAAAUUGUUCGAGCAAAUUGUAGUUGUUUUUUUCAAAUUCUAGCUGUUUUAAAUGCAUGCAUGGUCAAUUUUUGACUAUAUAAUUAUUGAAAAAUAAUAGCCAAGCAAUGUCAGAAUAUUCUUACUGUGAAAAUGUUUAUCCUACCUUCGCAUUAUGAAGUAAAAUAUCCCAUUUCAUACCAAAAUUUUCGUAUAAUAUUUUUGGAAUAUGCCGACAUUCGAUCAGCUCGAUUCCUUUUCAAAUUUUUAUUUCGCUCAUGAUGAAUCUUUUUAAAGCCCUCUUUCCUUCAUCAGAUAUACAGAAAAUAAAUCCAACAAUGUCUUCAAACCAUCAAGUUGUUUAGGAAUGUGCAGAAAACAGUUUUUACUUUAGUUUUUUCCAGCUCUCUUUUGCAUAAACAUUCCAAUUCCAUUUUUAUUGACAUUAAAUUAAUGUAUACGGGGGUACGCGCAUCACACAAAGAUCAGGGGCGCUAUCUCCGUUUCACCGCCCGUGUUUUAUAGCGCCCUGGCUAUACAGAGGCCAGUUGCCGAUCUCUAACCACAAGUUCACGCUGUCACCACGAUAGCUCAAAAAAUAUCCAACUAAUACGAAAGUUUGUGGGGUUACCAAAAAUAAUCCAAGGAUUUCGAGGACGAUUUAGAUGAAAAUUAGAUGAGAAAUGAGCAAAAGUUUGUCUUGCUUUCCCGGGAAGAGUAAAGUAGUAGUAAUAUAGGUACCGUUCGGGCCUUAUUUUUGCGGUGGUGGAGGUGGUGGAGUGUGGUGGAGGUGGUGGAGUGUGGUGGUGGAGUGAGGAGGAGGAGUGAGGAGGAGUAAUGACGUCACUCAUUAACAUACGUCAUAAUUAUAUGCAAUGACGUCACGCGGGCGAGCUUAAACACGAUCGGGCGAAACUUGCUGACUACGCAUUUUUAGCGUCCCACACGUGUGUUGAAUAGUUUGUGUCCCUCGCAUGGCAAAAUUGUUAUCGAAAUUAAUAUAUAGCAGAGUUAUAGCCGUAUCUUUGCUCGGAAGAGAUAAAUUUCCACAG